ACAUAUUUGAAAAUCGACAUGAAAUUACCCGGUCCCGUUCUAUUUUUCGGUCUCUACGAAAUCAAUCAGCGCAAAGAAAUCAAGCGGAGACUGGAGGGAGCUAACCGCCGAAAAUAGAAAUUGAAUUAUAAUUAUCGGAGAAUACUGGAAGAAGAAGAAGAUGAGUGAAGAGGCGUCGGUGAUAUCGCCGGACGAUGUAUUGCAGACGUUGAUGAAUGAUGGGACAAUCGAUGCCAUUCGGUUGAAGAUUAUUACGCAGCUUAAAGCCAAUGAAGAGCUGAAGAAUAACACCAUAAAAAUGGUGGAGCAGAGCAAGGUUCUUAACACUCCUGGAGCAGAGAAGCAAACUAAAAGAGAGCUAUUUGACGCUCUUCGGCAGGAACUAGAAAGUUCAGUGCUCGAGAAAGCCUCCAAAUCGGUUUGGGAGAUUAUUUUGGAUCAGAAGGGGAUAGGAAAGGAUAUAAAUGAAACAGUUGAGAAAGUGUUCUGUCGAUUAAGUGGUCGGGAACCUCCAUUAUUUCCUUCAAUAGUUGAAUCCGGACCACAGGCAGAGAAAGAGAAAACUAAUGAACCAGAGAAAGAGAUAACUAAAGAGAAAACUAAAGAGAAAGAAACGGAGACGAAGAGAGAGACUGACAAAGAGAGACCAGAAAAGAAAGGCAAAGAGAAGGAAAAUUCAGAUACUAUAAGGAAAAGAAAAUAUAUCGAUACCAAUACAGAAGAGGAUGGCGAUGAAGGUGCAAGCAGAUCUAGUAUUUGAUUGGUAAUAUUGUCACAUUUAUGAGGAUCAAUGUUUGAAUUUUCAAGUCUUGUGUUAGUCUUUUGUGAGACAGGUUUCAGGAAACUUAAGCUAUUUGAUAUUGAAGUUAACGAUCUUCUCGGGUUUGCUUGUUA